UGUGUUUAUAUAUGUUAUCAUACAAUGGGCCACACUCAGAAGUGGAGAGCUAGAAAGGGUGUCUGUGGGAAGGUCAGAAUUGUAAAAUCACACAGUGCUCAAGUAGGCUGUGGAACUCCCAGCCACAAGAUAUCAACGGGGCCAAGAGCUUAGAAGGAUUGAAAGAGGGACUGGAAGUUUAUAUGGAUGAUUAGAAAAGUCAACUACAGAAGUGAGGGGUUUUUUUUAAAUGUCUUGGAAGGGCUAUAUAUGUUCCUGAUUUACAUUGCAAAAUAUGUCUAACUAGUGGGUGUCAGGGGAAACUUUCCCUGGGAGCAGGGUAUCUCUUAGCUGCCUAUUGUAGGGCUUCUUCCAUUUUUUUCUGAAGUAUUUGGAACUGGCCACUGGAUACUCGGCUAGAUGGACUACAGGUCUGAUCCAGUCUGUCAAUGCCUAUCCUCCUAUCAGUGGUGUAAAUCCAAGACAAUGCUUUUGCUCAUCUUCCUUCACCUCCUAGCAGUCUGAGAGCAGAAUGAUAUCUUGUAAAAUAUCAUCUAGUCAUCUAAUCUCCAAUUCUUUUUUCUUUCAGGAAGAAAAGCUCAAAACUCCUCAGACCUGCCCAGUACAUUAUGUCAGCUGUCAAUGACACCAAAUUCAACUACGAAAUGUUCCUUCUCACUGGGAUACCUGGGCAGGGAGACAUCCAUCUCUGGAUCUCUAUCACCUUCUGCUUAACGUAUGCUAUUUCGAUAGUAGGAAAUUCACUUAUUCUGUUCAUCAUAAAAACAGAUCUAAGCCUUCAUGAGCCAAUGUACAUGUUCCUUUCCAUGUUGGCUGUCACAGACCUAGGCUUAUUGAUAGCCAGCAUACCGACAAUACUGGGUGUAUUUUUGUUUAACUCAAGGGAGAUCAGUUUCAAUGCCUGUCUUGCCCAGCUAUUCUUCAUCCACUCAUUUACAUUUAUUGAAUCCUCCGUGCUCUUGUUGAUGGCCUUUGACCGCUACAUCGCAAUCAGUAACCCGCUGAGAUAUGCCUCCAUCUUAACUCUGCCGAGAAUAGCCAAGAUGGGACUGGUGUGUGGUCUAAGAGGGGUGGCCGUGAUACUCCCACUCCCCAUUAUCCUGAAAUGGUUCCGAUACUGUCGAGCCAAUGUCCUCUCCCAUUCCUUCUGCCUGCACAUGGAGGUCAUGACACUGGCAUGUGUGGACAUCACAGUUAACAACAUCUAUGGCUUGAUUAUUACAAUCAUAACAGAGGGGUUGGACUCGCUGCUCAUCUUCCUCUCUUAUGUGAUGAUCCUCAAAACUGUGCUGAGCAUCACAUCCCACAAGGAGUUCCUCAGGGCCCUGAACACCUGCGUCUCCCAUCUCUGUGCUGUCCUGCUCUUCUACACACCUGAGAUCAGCCUGACUUUGAUGCACAGAUUCAGGAAGAGUUCUUCUCCCUUGCUUCAGAUUGUCCUGGGCUAUGUCUACCUGCUGGUUCCUCCUCUGAUGAACCCAAUCGUGUACAGCAUGAAAAGCAAACACCUUCGUUCGAGGAUAAUCAGGGUGUUCGUGAAGUGA